AUUUGAGGUGCACUCAAACGGUUUUCCGGAAGUCAUUAGGGGACUAUCUUUAGCUCUAUUGUGGACAUGUUGCGCAAUGUUUUGGGCCGAUUUUUGACCGAAUCGCCCUUAAUUCAUACCAAUGUUAGACACAAGGCAUCCAUUCAGGCAGCUGUAUCUGUUUUUACGUCGGUGAGGAGCUUUACGGAUGUGAAGGACGAAACGAAGCAGGCGUUUGACACAUCGCUGCUAGAGUUCUUAGUGUGUCCACUGUCCAAGAAGCCACUCAGGUUUGAAGUCACGACCAACGAGCUCAUCAACGACGAGCUCGGCAUCGCUUAUCCUAUCGUCGACGGAAUCCCCAACAUGAUCCCCCAGGAAGCCAGACUUGUACAGAAAGAGUCAAACCCAUCUGCCCAAGGAUAG